AUGCCACAAGCUUCAGGCUUUAGAAAAACGAUCACUGCAGGCUUUCGAAAAACGAUCACUUGGUUCUUUGUCAUUGUCGGCACGCUUUACCUUAUCUACUCUUCCCAUCUUCUCCUGAACAAUGAUCGCCAAUGUGUUACGACCGAAGAAAAUCUGGAACAUCUUACAAACUUAUCCACAUCAAUCCAACUAAAUGAACAAGACAGUAAUUUAGAACCUCUUAUUCUUCCUCAAAAAUCACAGAAUUACAACACUGAGCUUAAGCACAUUGUUUUCGGGAUAGCAGCGUCCGCGGAUUUGUGGCAGAAAAGAAAGGAGUACGUGAAGAUAUGGUGGAGGCCUAAGCAGACUAGAGGGAUAGUCUGGAUGGACAGACAAGCAAGGAACCGAAGAAAUGAAGGGCUGCCUCAGAUUAGGAUUUCAGAGGAUACGUCCAGGUUCAAGUACACGAACAAGCAAGGACAUCGAUCUGCAUUGAGGAUUUCGAGGUUGGUUUCGGAGACGUUGAGGCUUGGAUUGAAGGAUGUGAGGUGGUUUGUUAUGGGAGAUGAUGACACAGUGUUCGUAGUUGAUAAUGUGGUAAGGAUACUUUCGAAAUAUGAUCAUAGGCAAUUUUAUUAUGUAGGGAGUUCGUCAGAGAGUCACCUUCAGAAUAUAUAUUUUUCUUAUGCCAUGGCAUAUGGAGGAGGUGGCUUUGCUAUUAGCCAGCCAUUGGCACAAGAGUUGGCAAAGAUGCAAGACAGGUGCAUUCGGCGGUAUCCAGGAUUAUAUGGCAGUGACGAUAGAAUUCAAGCUUGCAUGGCCGAGCUUGGGGUGCCGCUCUCCAAGGAAUCUGGCUUCCAUCAGUAUGAUGUAUAUGGAGAUCUUCUAGGGCUUCUGGCAGCCCAUCCUGUGGCUCCACUGGCUUCACUUCAUCAUAUUGAUGUAGUGCAGCCAAUAUUCCCUGGCAUGAGCCGAGUCAGAGCUCUCCAACACUUGUUCAAGGCAGUGCAGCUUGAUUCAGCAAGCAUAAUGCAGCAAUCCAUCUGCUAUGACAAGAAAAGGUACUGGUCCAUCUCAGUCUCAUGGGGCUACGUUGUUCAAAUCUGGAGGGGAGUAGUCUCUCCUAGAGAGCUUGAGAUGCCCACAAGAACCUUUCUUAAUUGGUAUCGAAAAGCUGAUUAUACCGCAUAUGCAUUUAACACGAGGCCUGUGACGAAGCACCCAUGUAUGAAGCCCUUUGUUUUUUACAUGAGCACUUCUAAAUAUGAUCGAGUUAGGAAGCAAGUGAUCGGGGUCUACUCUCGCCACAAGUCACCAUCCCCUUACUGCCGGUGGAAAAUGGCAUCCCCAGAAAAAAUCAACUCUAUUGUAGUAUUGAAGAGGCCGGAUCACCUUCGAUGGCUUAAGUCACCAAGAAGGGAUUGUUGCAAAGUUCUGCCAACAAAUAAAGCCUCGACGAUGUACUUAUGGGUGGGCAAUUGCAGAGAAGGUGAGAUUAGUGAAUUGCAGUGA